UCUUUUUUCCCCCACCCCAGGCGCUUGCCUAGUAGACAAGAAGUCUCGGGGAUUUGACAUUUGAUAAAACAUCUUUCCGAAUAAUUAUUUUAAAUUCCCGAAGCGUACGAAAAUAUAACGGGGCGAGUGCCAGCUGUGGAUAUUAAAGCUGCGUCGCGUGUGUUCGAUAUUCCAGGCGACAUCUAAAAAUGGAAAUAAACCUAACCCUUCCGGUGGUACUCAAUCAUUUAGAGUAGCACUGAUUCAUCGAGGAAAGUCGAAAUUCGUAAUACGCAAAUAUUCAUUUUGGGAGUGUGGAUAAAGCUACGGGUGAUUAAAUUUGAGAUAAUAACACUGCUGGCUUGAGAUAAUGAAGUCUGGCAGCGUAAAUGAGCCUAGAGGUUCGGUGUUGCUAAAACCCGAGGAGAACGACCAAGUGUUCCGAUUAAUAGGAAAUCGUUGUCAGUGUCUAGCAGCAGGUAUUAUCCAACUAUAUUUAACAGAACCACCAAAUCAUAAUGAAUGGAUUAAGAAAAAUACAGGAAUCAUUACUUUAAUUAGAGACACAUCUAAACGUAGUUUUUUCUUGCGAUUAUAUUGUAUUCAAAGGAAAGUUCUGUUAUGGGAACACGAAGUUUAUAAUUCUAUGGAAUAUAAAGCCCCUGUAAAUUAUUUUCAUACCUUUGAAGCGGAAGACUGUAUGGCUGCAUUUAAUUUUGCUAGUGAAACAGAUGCUAUUGUUUUAAGGAAUAUUCUUAAUGAAAAAUUAAGUGCAAAAACAAGGCGUAGAAAUGAACGGCAUUCGAAAAUGGAAAUGGAAAGUCAGAGAGGAGUGACACUUCCACGUAAAAAUCAAAGUAUUAGUACUCCUUCUUUAGGACUUACAUCAAAUGCUCCUGAUAAUUUUUCAAAUGGUUCACCUGUGCCGGUUAGUGUUAAUAGAAGUAUGUCUAAUAUUUCAAUGAGUAAUAAAACUAAAAAGAAAAAAAGAAAUCAAGAAGCUAAGAAGAAAUUAACCACAAAUGACAUUAGUUUGCCAUUUGAUUUUAGACAUGUACAGCAUUGUGGAACUGAUAUUAAUGAUUGUAGAUUUGUAAGUCCAGAAUUGAAAGAAUUUUUUGAUAAAGUAGGAAUAUCAGAAAGUCAUUUAGAGCAUCGGGCAACGCGAGACUUUAUUUAUGAUUUUAUUGAACGUUAUGGAGGAAUGAAUGCAGUUAAAAAGGAAAUAGUACCAUCUUCUGGAACACCGACCAAUGUACAAGUGCCAAAACCUCAGACAAAAUUAGAAGCCCCACCACCAGUUCCAGCAAGAACUAUACCAAUUAAUACAAAUACACUAUCCAAUAAUAGUCAUCAAAGGAAGGCUCCACCUUUACCACCAUCUCAAACUCAAAGCCCAAUUCCUCCAGCACUUCCAAAUGUACUUCCUGCUCAUAGAUCACUCCCAUCAAGGCCAUCUCCUCCAUCAGUAACACCAGCACCUGUUUUACCUCCUCCACCCCCUCCACCGCCAUUGCCUCAAGAGCAAGUUCCAAAAGUUCUUUCAAAUGCUCCACCUCCACCCCCAUUACCCAAUUGGAGCAGUAGUUCAGGGGAUAUGGAUAACGGUAAUAGUGCCAAUUUCGAUAAUAAACACGCUCCAGAUCCUAGAUCAAUGCUUAUGGAAUCUAUACGAACUGGCAUCCCUCUUAAAAAAAUAAAUGUGGAAGAAACGAAGUCACCUACUUCAAAAGAUACAAGGAGUAAUCUCUUGGAAGAAAUACGUCAAGGAAUAACAUUAAAACCAGUUGUAAAUGAACCAAGACCCAAUAGUGCCACACCAAAUUUAGCGGAAGGUGGAUUAGCUGCAGCGCUUACCAGAGCAUUGGUAGAACGAUCGAAAGCAAUGUAUAGUGAAAGCGAAGAUUCAAGUGAUUUUACCGAUAAUGACGAUGAGUGGGAUGAUUAGUAUAUUUUAAAUGAUCAAACAAUUUGUGAUGCAUAUGGAUUUGAAAGAAUAUUUUUCCCAUACAUUGGAGUAUCAACGUCAAUACCACAAAAUAAAAUGGUUGUUGCAAAAAUAAGACUCAUAUUGAUGUCGACAGUAAUUUUCGAAGUUAUCAUCGAUUCUGAUAAGUAUUAUUUUGUUGUUAAUCAAACGAUAGAGUGAAUUCUUCGUUUUUGAAAAUCACUUUUCUGAUUUUAUUACAUGAUGAAAUGAUUUUUGUUCUGUAUAUUUUAUAUGUAAAAAAUAGGCAAGUUUUUAAUGUCUACAUUAAUAAAAUCUGUAAAUCCAUGAGCAAUGAACAAAAAUAAUUGACUGUUAGCUGGCAAGAGAAAUAGACAAUUUAUAAAAUUUCAUGCCCAUUAAUAUUAAGAGAGAUUACUAUGUCUAGCAAUUUUAAAGUGGCAAAUAACGCCCUUUAAUAUAUUUUCCUAUCAGUGCCUAAACUUUUCCCUAAAUUAUUAUUUUAUUAUGCAUAAUAAUGCGUAGUCAUUAGGUUAUUACAAAUUGAUCUACGUUAUCAUUCAUGAAAAUUCUUAUUGUUAUAAUAAUGUUAUUCUGUCAACAAAGGACCUUACACUAUUAAUCUUUAAGAAGAUAGAUAAAAUUUAUUAGUUUAUAAAAACAGAGUAUUGGCCUAAAAUGAUUGUUCAUUCGUUACAUGAAUAUGUAAGCGCAUCUCAUAUUCACGUUUUUCCCUUGUAGGAGUAUUUACGUGUACUAAGUUAUGGGCAAUUGUUCGAGGCGUUAAACUAGUCUUUAAGUUCAUCGGCGAAUACCAAGUAUCCAUUACAUUUUGAACUCGUGAAUAUGUAGAAAAUAUGCUAUAUAUAAUUUUCA